ACCCACAAGUUUGCCAAAAGCUGGUCGUGUCUGACAGCUUGGCACUUUAAUCAAAGCUUAGGAUCCAUGAUUGACGUGAAACUAAAACCUGAAGCUAUUUCAUAUUUUAUCAAGAAAGAAUAAUUUUUCUUCAGCAGACAGAGAAGACCAUGAAAAAUUGGCGAGCGGUUUCUGACUUUUGGUGAAUCGAAUUGCUAACACCGAAAUUUGCAAGAUAUUGUGUGAAUAACCUUAAAAAAUGAGCAACGUGUCAAAUUGGCAGACAAUUGAAAAUGACGAAUUCUUCAAGCAAUUCCUCGGAGGUGAAAUUAAGCAGACGAAUUUUAAUCAAGUGCUAUCAGUUGCUCAGCAGCUCAACAAGUUGGCUCAAGCCAUAGCAGUUCUAGAUGCCGAACUACAAAACCAGGUAUUAGCCAACCAUGAAGAUCUUCUUUCCCAAGUGACAUGGGUCGAGAAGUUGGAAGGCGUACUUUCCACAAUGCAAGCACAUGUGCAAAGCCUACUAUCAGCAGUUGAACGACUCCGUGGAAAAAUAGUGGAGCCAUUCAAUAGAAUCGAGACACAGACACUGGUCUUAUCGCGGCUUCACGAAACUUCUGACCUCUUACGGAGAGUAACAAGAAUGCAACACCUAUCAAGACGCUUACAAUCACAAAUGAGCAGUAGCACGGCUAGUCCUGAUUUUGUGAAGGCAGCCAACAGCUUGCAUGAAUUAGAGCAAUUGAUGGUUGACACGGACUUGAGUGGGUUAGACGUGGUUGCUGAAGACCAGAGAGCUGUUAAAGUUCACAGAGCAACUGUUCAGAGGAUAGCUACACAUACUUUGUCUCAAGGUUUACAAUCCAAUGAUCGUUCGCAGGUCAGCACUGCGGUGCAAGUAUUUUCAAAUUUGGGAAUACUUGAUAAUGCAGUAGAAACUACUUCUACUCAAGCCCUUUCUGAGGUUGAAAAAAUCGCCAGAGAGGCACUGGAUAUAUCUGUACCCACCAAUCAAGAUAUAGGAAAAAGAGGUGGGCCUGGAAGAGCAGCCCUACCUUCACCUGGCUCAUCUGGUAAUCUGCGCACACGACUUUGGGCUAAUUUGGAACGUCUUUUUCAAGAUUCAGUUUAUACACAAUGCAUACAGAUUGAGUUACUUCAAAGAACAUUAUUGGAAAAUCACUCAAAGGGAUUUGACGAUCUAUCGGAGAAGUUCUGGCUCAAUGUUACAGGGCUAUUGGCUAAGAUUCUAAUCGAACGUUCUCAAGGAUCAUCAUUUAUCAAGCAGGCAUUAGAAGGGGAGUAUCCAAAAUUUCUUAGAAUAUAUCUGGAUCUUAGUAAACGUCUCAAAGAUAGAUCGCAAGCCAUUGGUGUGUACGCUAUAAAUAGAGACGUGUUGUCACCGUUUGAAAAUGCUUACCUGUCACGCUCGGUAUCUAGACUACUAGAUCCUGUGCAUACGAUGUUUUCUGGAGAUGGAGCACCAAACCAGGACGAAAUAGAUAGCUUAAUUCGUACCGUUACUAGUGAACUGAGUGUCUCGUUGGUGGAUGAAGGAUUGUCAAUGGUUGUUGCACGCAAUGUUGGUAAAGCUGUGCGGCUUUUUUGCUUGAAAUGCGAACAAGGCUUGGUCACUGGGGCAGAAGCAAGUCAAGUAAUUGACAGUCCAAAUGUCGGCCAACAGUUGAACAUCACUCUUGCCAAUUUACUACAUUAUCUUGCUGCCCAAAUGGGUCGUGUGAUAGCAAAUAUGGCUGGCAGCUUACCGGUUGGUGGAGCAUCGGUUAUAGCGUCUGCUCUAGAGCACACCGAUACAUUGACGAGAGGAAUACUGGCACCAUUACUAGCAUCUAUCACUGACGCAGUGGAAAGUAUCCUCCUAACGAUGCACGAUGAUCCAGAGUUUAGAGAAUCUGGGAGUCCCUUAGGAAAAGAAAUUGGGAGCUCGUUGUAUAUGCGCGAGCUACAGGGCUUCAUACUCCGAUCUGUUAACACAUUCCUAGUUCCAUACAAGAAUCAAACAAUAGUUGCUGAAUGUUGCAAGAGUGUAGCUUCGAGAUGCAUUGAGUUGUUUGUUAGACACGCUUGCCUUCUGAGGCCACUAAGUGAACAUGGGAGGGCUAAACUCAUUGCUGACUUCAAUCAGAUGGAAGUGGCAGUGAUGCCGCUGUGCCGAGGGGGGCAGCUUGGCUUGGCUGAGCAGCAGCAGUAUAGAGUGCUUCGAGCACUCAGAGCGCUGCUUCCUCUUAGACCAGAAGAAAUGGUUCAACGAGUGUUAGAGGGUGAAGGGAGCGUACCGUCUUCCCUUGUCCUCUUACAUCUAUUUUCUGGUGCUCCAAGUGAUUUGCCAUCUCCUCAUCAGAGUGCAGGUUGGUCUGUGAGUCGACUGUCUCAGUGGCUGGAUGCUAAUCCUGGAGAGAGAGAGAGAUUGGCAUUGAGCAGUGGCCCUCUACAACGAUACCAGUUGGCUGUUCGCCAAAGAAAUCAGCCAACAUUCCAUCCGCUUUUUCCCCUCAUGGCCAAGUUAGCUAGUCUUAACUAGGUAGUAAGUUUACAAAGUUUUAUUUCGUAAGAAUAUUUGGUUUGUGUUUUUUGCAAUGUCAAUUAAUAAAAAAUGUUUGGCAGACCAAAAAUAUUGGACUCACCCGCUUUGGAGAUAUUUUAUGAAAGUUGCAAGGCGAAAGUACAAUGAAGAACUCAUGAUCUACACCAAUUCAAAUCAGUCUUGAAAGAUGACGGUGCACAUUGCACCAUCAAACUUAAUUAGGAUUAUUUUAUAGAUAUUAACGGGUGUCAUGGCACUUACAAAAAUUAGAAUUAUUUAACAGUAAUUAAUCCAGUAUAAAUCAUCUUAGUUACAGGUAACAAAUAAUAUUUAAAA